AUGAAGUUUAUAAUUUUCAUCAUUUGCAUGUACAAAUAAACUAAAGUGUUUUAUAAUUUCUAUCAUACAUUUUUGAUAUUAGAAUGAAGUUUUUUACAAGUUCACUUGUAUGUAUAAUAUGCAUUUGGAUGGUAAAACAGCAUGUUACUUGCAAUGACGUCAAUAUUCUACUAACUCCGGACCCACAGGAAUCGGUGAAUGUGAGCACAAGCAGUUAUUUUGUCGACUUGGCAAGGAACUUCACACAAAUGAUGACGUCAUUGCAGUCUUCUAUAGAAUACGUUACAAAGCGCGUACAGACGCUAGAGGCACGGGCCGCCAGUGACCGCCAUGAGAUCGACCGUCUACAAAGUGUUAUAGUGAAUAUUACCGCCGGGAGAAAGGAAGUAGCCUUCUCUGCACGUCUAUCGGUCACUAAGGAGCACAUGACAGACGGCACAACGGUGGUGUUUGACCAGAUGAUCUCUAACUACGGUGAUGCCUACAACCCGCGGACCGGUAUUUUCACGUGCACGCGCACCGGCCUCUACCUCUUUUCUGUGUCCCUUGAGGGUCACUACACGGACGGACAGGGGGAUAUCCCGGCUGCCAUCACAAUGGACGGCACCCACCUUGGCUACCUGGUGUCAGACCCGAUCAAGUCUGGUCAGGACGUGCAAGGCGCCGUCACCAUGGUGACGCAAGUGCGCGAAGGACAGCGCGUCUGGGUGGAGGUGUACUACAGGAAUGACGUGUCCGUCUUUAGAACGUUCUCAACGUUCACCGGUGUUCUUCUUUCCUAAUUUAAUGUAGAAAAACUGAACUUUUAAUGGUAUCGCUUUUGUGUUGUAUGAAUGCAAAAAAUGUGAAUACAUAUUGCAGAAAAAAUACGGUUUAAGAAUCUUGAUACAUGUACCUUAUUGUCGUUGUGUAAUAAAACUAUAUAGUUUUAGGUAAAUAGUUAUGGAAGUGUGCUGCACCCUGUCCUCAAUGGGAAGCACCCUCUCAACAUGGAGCCCGGCAUGGGCACCCUUCUGCCAUUAUAGAAUGAAUGGUUAAGUCUGCCAACAAUUACUUAAGUUUUGAUUUAAUCUUAUGAUAUGAUUUUAAAUACAAACAAACAUUAUAUAUCUUGCAGUUAAAUCCUAAUAUUAUUCAAUUAAUCACAAUUCCAAAUGUUUUCUGUGUGUUUUCACAAUGUACAAAUUAAUUACAACACAAUAUUUUAUAAUGUGCCAUUUUACCCUUUUGAAACCUGGCUGAAACCCUUUUUGCCUCGUUAUAAUAAAACUAUUACUAUUUUAGUUUUCCUUUAAUUUCAGAGUGGAAGUUUGUAUUUUAAUUAUAUCCUUUUUGUUUAUGCGAACGAUCGCGGGAUCACCAGUAUGUUUAGUGUAAUAAAUGAUGAAUAUUUUGAUGUGUAGCCA